GGCGGGUUUAUAACUUCUUCAGCCACGAUCCCGCAAGCUAUUCUCGGUCUCGAUGUCCUUGUCCAGGCGAAGUCUGGUAUGGGUAAAACCGCCGUUUUCGUCCUUUCCACUCUUCAGCAGAUCGACCCUGUUGACGGUGACGUGGGCGUCGUUGUCAUGUGCCACACCCGUGAGCUCGCCUACCAGAUCCGAAAUGAGUACGCGCGUUUUUCCAAGUACAUGCCUAAUGUCCGCACCCACGUCGUUUUCGGUGGAACCGACGCCAAGGUCGAUUCCGAGAUCUUCAAAAGCAAGGAGAAGUGCCCUCACAUCGUCGUCGCGACCCCUGGGCGUUUGAACGCGUACGUUAGGGACAAGGUUGUAAGAUUGGGUGCUGUCAAGCACUUCGUUCUUGAUGAGUGUGACAAGAUGCUGGAUGCUACAUGAGAAGAGAUAUUCAGGAGAUCUUCCGUGCCUGCCCUCACGGCAAGCAGGUUAUGAUGUUCUCCGCCACUCUCUCCCAGGAGGUCCGCCCUAUCUGCAAGAAGUUCAUGCAGAACCCUCUCGAGAUCUUCGUUGACGAUGAGACCAAGCUUACCCUUCAUGGUCUGCAACAAUACUACGUUAAGCUCCAGGAGAACGAGAAGAACCGCAAGCUUAACGACCUCCUCGACUCCCUCGAGUUCAACCAGGUUGUCAUCUUCGUAAAGUCCGUCCACCGCGCGAACGAGCUCAACCGCCUCCUCAACGAGUGUAACUUCCCCUCCGUUCAGAUCCACGGAUCCCUCCCUCAGCCGGAGCGUAUUAGGCGCUACAAGGAGUUCAAGGACUUCGAGAAGCGUAUCCUCGUCGCCACCGACAUCUUCGGUCGUGGUAUCGAUAUCGAGCGUGUAAACAUCGUCGUCAACUACGACAUGCCCGACUCACCCGACUCCUACUUGCACCGCGUCGGUCGUGCUGGUCGUUUCGGUACCACUGGUCUUGCGAUCACCUUUGCGAGCAGUGGCGAGGAUGCUGAGGUCAUGGACAAGAUUCAGGAGAGGUUUGAGGUUAACAUUGAGGAGAUGCCUGAGGAGAUUGACCAGUCUACCUACAUGAACGCUUAAGUUGGGUAGUAUGGUAGCGUGGGUGUGAUCUUAUGAAGGAGGAGUAAGAUAGGAUUUCUUCGUUUUGCCUUGAUAUGUAGUGUUAUGAGUCACAAAAGGGAAGAGAUAAUA